AGAGGACCAAGCCACGACCAUCGAAGCCAAAUCGCUCGCCCGCGCUCUCCUUCCCGCGCGCACCUGGAGACCAGAAAAAGAGGCGGGAGCGCUCCCGCGAGGUCGCCGUCGCCGUCGCUCCACUCGCCGGCCAGCCAGAUAAAUGGAUAACUCACAGACGGAUGACAUUGGGUUUUUAGACAUGUUGAAUGGGGGAUCAGGUGAAGUGAAUUGGAGUGGCACACAAUAUUCUAGCCCAAUCAGUGAACAAGAGAAGAUGCCAACUCCGGAUGUUUCUGUUGUUUCUGCAUCUGCAUUUGCAAAAUCAAAACAAAAGAAGGCAAAAGCACCGUCGACGAAAGGGAAAAAUUGGUCUAGCGAUGAAGACAAGGUGUUGAUAGCGGCAUGGGGAAACACUAGUUUGGAUGCGGUGACCGGGACAGAUCAAAACUCAAGUUGUUAUUGGAAUAGGAUUUUAGAUUACUACAACUUGCAUAAGGACCCGUCAUGGCCCGAGCGUAAUUAUAAUGCAGUCAAUUGCCGUUUCACUGUUAUUUCAGCGGCCACAAGCAAGUUUUGUGGAUGUCUUCAGCAGAUAUUAAACCUGAAUGAAAGCGGAAGGACUCUCAACCAGAAGCAAACAGAUGCUGAACUCCUGUACAUGUCUUUGGAUCCUGAAAAGAAGCCAUUCAAACUAAUGCAUUGCUAUGUAGAGUUUGAGAAGUACCCAAAGUGGGCGACACGUACAGUUCCUCAGAAAAAACAAAAGAAAACCUCCGAUGCAAGUCCAGGUUCAACCUCCAAUGAUGAAGAUUUUGUGGUAUGCACAGAUGCUUUAGAAAACGAGAAAAGACCUCGUGGUACCAAGUAUGCGAAAGAACAAAGAGAUAAAGCCUCCGAUGGUAGUGCUGUCAAGUUGUCAUUGGAAACCGUAUGGGCACAGAAGUUAGAGAAAGAUGAUAUCAAAGAGGCGGCAAAGAGUGCUCGCUAUGCACUAGCAUUUGAGUUGCAAAAAAGCAGAUUGAAUUGA